UGUCUGUGUCUCUGCGUGUUUGGAGUCCUCACAACUGACGGCAGUGUCUGGGAACAGGAUUAUUUGAAUGUGUAAUUUGACACUGCGUCUGGAAACCAUAGUCACGGAUUAUACACAGAAACCCGUGCUGACGAUUCAGGCCUGUUGGUUCACUUUCCAGUGGCGGAAUCGGACGGAUCCGUGUCUUAUUUCUAUUGCUCUUGGAGCCGGUCGUAUUGCGGUUGGAUUGCAGCAUGAUCGCUGCGGUCUGUCUCUCUGUGCUCUCGCCCAUUCUGCUGACCAGAUUGUGCCUGGCCCAGAGCACCGAGACCUCCCUCUCCUUUGUUCAGCCGCACUCCUGCACCAACUCCCAGUUCUAUGAUGUGUCCAGUCUGCAGUGCUCCCCGUGCGGCACGGAUCUCAAGCGAAGCGCUGACGGUCUCCGUUGUGUCUGUGAUGUUGGUUAUACAAUGUUUGAUAGUGGAUCUCCCAUUGCACAAUGCAGUGCCUGCAACGGAAAAGAUCAAGUUGUGUCGGUGGACAAGAAACUCUGUUUGACGUGUGUAAACUGCCAGCCAUGUCGAAAUGAUGGAGCAGUUCAAGUGGAAAACUUGGCCAUGAAGACAGCAAGCUGUAAAACCUGUUCCAACAAGACUGUGCCAAAUGCUUUGGGUAACAUGUGUGUACCCUGCCAGGAAACUUUCAUUUUGGCUACCGAUAGUUGUACAUGUCCUUCCGCCAACUUGAAAGGAGGUCUCUGCUUUGGAAACACUAAAUUACCACCUCGUGCAGGAAGUUUGCCAGACUCCAUCUGGUAUGAAAUGCACCUUCAAGCAAGUUACCUGGCAUGCUCAAAUGUGACUUAUAGUAAUCAGACAGCAUGCCAGCUACUCACUAACCUGGUGAUACUAAAUGUGAACGCCUUAGUCAAUGGCGAGGCCUACAUUCUGUACAGUUCGAUAACUCCCACUACUAACUACCUCCCGAAACUCUUCUAUGUGGAUACGAAUAUAGCAGCUUCCCUGGGACAAACAGCCCCGAAGGGCCUCUCUUUCAAAAAGGAUUCACAGAUCACCUUGAAAAUUGUGAAAUAUGAUGCUCGUGGGAACUUUCUGGGCUGGGAAGAUGUAAGAGGGGGUACUUUACAGCUAUGCCCUGACACUCAAAUAUUGCUGGAUGCAGCGUACAAAUUUGGCUCUUCCUAUGUCCAGACUUGCAAGAUGCAGAUAUCGGAUCUUCUCAGCCGAUUCCCAGAGCCUGUCCUUUAUGAGCUCUUCCUCCUGUUCAAUGAUAGCCAAGGAUUCCAGAAGGUCUGGCCCAUCCCUGUGUGCAAUCUGAAUCUAGGCAGGAGUGGGACACGAGCAGGAGCAUUACGGAGAUUCUUUUUGGUUGAUGGGUUGACAGGGAGGAGGACCAGUCUUAGUAACCCACCGAGCACUGUCACCUAUGCUAAAGACAUUGUACUAAGGACCUACCUACCGACGAAGAACCCAACCAGAGAGCCGCCAUUUUUACUGACAGUACAAUAUGCUCAAGUACAGGAUCUCCGUGCACAAGCGCAAGUAACAUUUGCUGUGCGUUAUGAAAUGAACUAUGCUGUACACAAGAGAGACACCGAUAUAGCCCUGGGCGUUCUUGGAUCUCUGGCUGUUUUCAUUGCCAUGCUGGAGACGAGCAGCUGGAGACGGAGGAGCGGACUAGAAUUUAUAGACGUCGUGACGAUUGUGAAGUAUUUUGCCUACUUUGCUGGUGCCCUGUCGAACACCUUUUUCCUCGUCACAUUUGGGACGGGUGUUUAUUGGCUCGUUGUGUACAAGGGUCAGCAGUCCACAGUUGAGGUAACACUGCCCCCUGCUGGUGGGAAGAUUGAAACUGACUUCAUCAUCUAUGUGGCUUGUGCAUUUGGACUGAAGGCCCUGGAACUGAUUCACAUCCUCAUUGUCCAGGUGUCAGUAUCAAUCUUCCUGAUUGACUGGGAAAAGCCAAAAGGCAGACCGCUUCCUAAAGCAGCAGAAAACAAGUCGCCUCCCUCCUCGGUCAGUAUCUGGAGAACUUACUUCAUAGCUAAUGAAUGGAAUGAGAUUCAGACUAAAAGAAAGAUAAAUCCAAUCCUGCAGCUCUUCGUCAUUCUAUUGCUGCUGGAGGUCAUUGGCUUAAAGAACAUCGCUAGAAGAGACCUGAAUUUGAAUCUACAUCCAGGAUCUGAUGUUAGUCUGGCUCCCUGGAGCCCAGUUCUCCGAUAUGGAAUAGCAGUAUCCAUGUGGUUGGCAGUCGGCUUAGCUCAAGUAGUCUUCUGCAUUGGAUUCUGUGAGCGAUUUGUGGAAGACAAGAUUCAGCAGUUUGUAGACGUGUGCUCCGUCAGCAAUGUAUCAGUCUUGGUCUUACUGCACAGGUGCUAUGGUUACUACAUCCACGGACGGUCAGUACAUGGACAAGCUGAUAUUGGUAUGGAGUCAAUGUACCUCAACCUCAAGAAAGAAGAGGAUAAUCUUUGUGCAAUGAGAGGUCUAGAGCCCAACAUGGACGUCCAGACCUUUGAGAUCUUAAUUUCUAACAAAGUCAGACAACAAUAUGAUCGGAUACUAUCACCACUCAAUGAGGCGGCAAAUGUAAAUCGAAGCAGUCGUGAGGAUUCAGCCGCUCUGCAGCAGAACCUGAAAGCCUACUUCACAAUGAAUAAGUUCCUUUCAUCUUUUCUUGAGCACGCCUACAAAGACAUGGACUAUGUGGUAAGAGAAAAACUCUUCCUGGAGAAAAUCUUGGACUUUGAGUUUCAACGAUCAGACGAUAGGAGUUUCUUCUACAAUGAUGACCGGACCCUCUUCAGCAAUGUCCUUUAUUAUGGCCAUGAGUUGGUCCUGUUGCUCUUUGAUACUCUUCUAUUCUCUGUAGUGGAUCUGGGUGCACAGGACUUUGUGCUGGCAGCAAUCAUCACUUACCUGGUGCAAAAAAUUCUGGAAUCAAUAAGGAAGGCAAUUUCAAGGAGGAACUUAGCCAUGAAGACACUAGUAGAUGAAAGAUUCCUUAUCUGAACUUUCUUUACUGUCGAGGAAUGCUGUAUGGACUGGAACAUCUUAAUCCUAACUGCGCUCACACAAGUAUGACUUUAUUUUGAGAGCAAUGGGCUGAUGUGUGUGGUCCAGUGUUAUCCAAAGGAACAAUUGAGUGGCAAGAUAUAAAGCCCAAUAGAUAACCUGCUACCUCCCAGAAUAAACAGUGCUGUCAGAGUUGAGUAGAGUGACUGAAGGGAAAUUCAGUAAAGCAAUCAGAGAAAUAGUGAAAGUGUAAGGCUGGCAGUUUGCAGUCUGAACCAGGUUUUCCAAUAUCUUCUGACUGGACUAUCUUGCUAUGAAGACAGCAUUUAGCUUAGAACAAGCCUGAGGUGGCACUCAGAAGACAGGGAAAAACGAUUGAUCACUUUGUGAAGGUUUCUCAUCACAUUGGUGGGUGUGGAUUAAGUUCCGGAAUGACCACUCCCUGCCCCCAACCCCCAAGACGAUACUGGGUUGAGAAGAGCUUCACUGCAUCAGUGGGUGUUCAAGGCCUUCAAUUCUAGGAUUGACACUGAGAGGAUCCAAGUUUGGGGUGGGUUGGUGAUGGGGCUACCCAAUACUGGUUGGGUGUAUUCCAGUAAGUUACAUCACAUGGCCUUCUGUCAGUAGUUGCCCUACCCCCACAAUGCCGCCAUUGGUCCAGCCUCCAGGUCUUUCCCACGGUCAACUGGAAACAGAACUGACUUUGUUACCCAAUUGCACUAACCUUUACUGUCAACGAAACAACCAUUUUAGCCCCCCACCCCCAUCUCCAAUAUUUUUCUGCAUUCCAAAUAAAAAAGAAUGAAAUAAACACAAUUUUACUUUUAUGCCCGUUUGAUCUUUCUCACAGCUGUUUGCAGCAGUGUGCUGUAAAUUAACCUUCAAUUUGCGACAUUUCAGGACAACCCCAGAAGCUUGAUAACCCAAGGAGCGGGAGGGGUAGUAGAGUGGUGGGAAGAGACUUUGUACUAGAUGUGAAUACAGGACAUAUGUAGGAGCAUAGGAACAGGAGGAGGCAUACAGCCCCUUGAGCCAUUCAAUGGGAUCAUUGUUGAUCUGCGACCUAACUCUGUCUAAGCUCCUUUGCUUCGGAUUUCUUAAUACAUUUGUUGAACAAACUCUAUCAAUAUAAUAAAAGCAAAAUGCUGCAGAUGCUGGAAAUCUGGAAUAAAACCAGAAAAUGCUGGACAAAGUCAGCAGGUCUGGCAGCACCUGU